AUGCGUAACACCAUUCUCAUUGCCGCCUCGGCAGUUGGCCUGGCUGUAGCCACGACCAACUUCACGAUUGACCCGAACUCUGUCCAGUUGUCUACGCGAUCGAGCUGGUGCGCUGGCCAGGAAAAUACCUGCACCACCCUCUGCUCUGACAGCCCAACGGCAAACUCUUGCGACCCGAACAAAAGCGCGCCCGGCCUCCAGUACUACCUUCAGACCAUGCCUACCUACAUCUGCAAUGAAGCCUACGCCGAAUGUGUCAGCGAGAACCCGAACAACGCCACUGGCCAGUCUGCAUGCAAAUCGGACAUCCAGGACAACUGCGGUACCCUUGACCCCAGCAAAGCAGAUCUGAGCAGCGGAACGACAACUUCGGCCGCUGCUGCUUCUACUACUGCCUCGACCACUGGCUCGAACUCGGCCACCGCUGCUACCACUGCCUCUGCCAGCGCUGUGACUACCGCGAGCUCCAAGGCUGGUGCCAUGCCCACGAACAUGGCACACUAUGGUAGCGGUGUCGCCGCUGUGGCAGUCGGCCUUUUCGCCUACGUCCUGUAA